GAUUCGGUUUCAGUAUGGAUGCAAUCUUUCACGAGAAGCAAGAAGGUUCUCUUUGCGCCCAACACUGCCUCAAUGCCUUAUUACAAGGCCCUUACUUAAACCCAGUGGUUCUGGCGGAUAUAGCGACACAAUUAGAUGAGCUUGAGAGAGCAAGAAUGGCAGAAGGAGAUGUUACAUCACAGGAUUAUCAAGAAUUUAUUAAGCAACCUUCUUCAAAUAUGGAUGACAGUGGAUUCUUCUCCAUUCAAGUUAUAUGCAAUGCACUCAGAGUGUGGGGGUUAGAGCUGAUACCAUUUUUGAGUCCAGAGGCCAGAGAGGCACGAGAAAAUCCUCAGUACCAGAAAGCUUUUAUAUGUAACUUACAACAACAUUGGCUGACCAUACGAAAAAUUGGCCAUCAGUGGUUUAAUCUUAACUCUCUGUUGUCCAAACCAGCGCUGAUAACUGAGACAUAUUUGUCACUAUUUCUUACCCAAUUACAGACAGAAGGUUAUUCAAUAUUUGUUGUGAGAGGAAAUUUACCAGAGAGUGAAGCAGAUCAACUUUUGAAGCUUUGUCCAGCUGAAUCACAGAAGAAACCUUUUAAAACGUCUGCACACAAAUUGGUGAACAAAACAGAUCUAACAGCUGCGCUUCAACAGGCCAGUGGUGUUGUAGGAGGUGAUGAUAAACCAGUUGACAUGGACGCAGUUCGGAGAAAACGAGAAUUGUAUUUUCAAAGACAAAACCACACCCAAGCAAACAAUCCAAAUACAGAACAAACCUCAGAGACAGCAGAUACAUCUCAAGAAACUGUAACAACACCUGGUCCACCAGCUGAUCAAGAAGAAUCGUCAGAAUUAUCAGAGGAGGAAAUGCUUCAAAUUGCUCUCAAGUUGUCUCUUGAAAUUACAUAGUGAGGAGUUUUUCUUGGAAUCUGUCUCUUUUUUGUUUCUUUAUAGUAGUAACUGAAGGAAUAAGGAGUGAAUGUAUGUUAAAAAAAAAGAUAGCUAAGUUUUCAAAUUUGUACAAAAUAACAUUACAUAAAGAACUUCUUUAGACUUAGGGCCAAUUUGAUUGGAAUUUCACAUCCCCACAUACUUGACACCUUGGGAGAGGAGGUUUCUCAGAGAAACAAUUUCUUACCUUAAAAAUUCACUGGAAACUGUUUUAAUUUCAUCAUGGAGAGUACUGCAAUAUUUUGUUAAGUAGAAGGUCUCAGGAUACACCUCACAACCUACGAACAUGGUCAAAUAUUUGAAUAGAAAAUCCCUUAUUCCCCUUCAUUAGUUCACACAAGAGGCUUGUCAAUCCUCUCUGAGUUCACCCCAAAGGGAUUUUUACAAAUAAAGGCAUGUAUAUUAGGAAAUACAACAGUUCUUCCUUUAUGGUCAAUUUUUAUCCCAUCAGCAAAGAAACUGCUUGAAUUGUGCUCCUUCUACCGUUUUGUUUGAAUCUUCUCCAAAAUAAUUAGGAACAAAAUGAGGUUGGUUCUGGUAAUAUUCUUUCAACCAAAGCAUUCAAUCAAUAAGAAUCGUGUCCUAUUAUACAGACAGGCAGACAGAAAGUGAACAUUGUCCAUAUAUCCCAACCAAAUCUCGUAUGACCGCUCUCGGUGAAACCGCCUCACGCUCAAAUAGUGCAGAGGACAGGUAGAGUACAGGCAGAGGACAGUAGAGAAUCUAACAUUGACUGCGUGGAAUAGGGAGUCCUACGGAGCCCAGUUAGUGCCACCUCAUAUUUCUCAUCAAGCUUAUUUUUCACCACCUCAGUUUUUUCCCAGCACGACUUCAACUGUUCGGCACUACUUCAACGGUCGUGCACGAUUACAACUUCCCUGCACGACUUCAACUAUUCGGCACGACUUCAGUUUUCCAGCGCGAUUUCAACUAUCUGGCACGAAUUAAACAUCCGGCACAACUUCAACUUUCCGGCAUGACUACAAUUUUCCGGCACGACUUCAACUUUUCUGAACGACUUAACUUUCCGUGCCGGAAAGUUGAAGUUGUGCCGGGAAAAAACUGAGGUGGUGAAACAUAAAGUCGAGGUAGUGAAACAAAAGUUGAUGAGUACUACAAGAUAGUACUAACUGGGCUC